UCCCCGGGCUGCCGGCCCGUAGCUGAGCCGGGGCCCGAUGAGCAAGGCGUGGCGGAGAGGGGGCGCCCCCGGCGGCAGGAUGGAGGGGGCCGAGGCGGGGGACCAGGACGAGUCCAGCGGGCACGGUUCCCACAAGAAGAAGCACAAGAAGCACAAGAAGAAGCACAAGAAGAAGCAUCACCAUGAGAACGUGGGCCCCAGCUUCUCCUCCGAGACCCUGGAGUCCAGCCCCUUGCUCCCCAAGCCCCAGCUCAAGCUCAAAAUCAAGCUGGGGGGGCAGAUUCUGGGCACCAAGAGCGUGCCGACCUUCACGGUGAUCCCCGAGGUGCCGCGCUCGCCUUCCCCUCUGAUGGUCGUGGACGAUGAGGACGAGCCCAUGGAGGGGGUCCCCAUUGAGCAGUAUCGGGCCUGGCUGGAUGAAGACAGUAACCUGGACCCAUCGCCCCUGCCGGACCUGGACUCGGAGAGCUGCUUCCCCGCCCGCGAGGACGAGGAGGAGGAGCGCUGGCUGGAUGCGCUGGAGAAGGGCGAACUGGACGACAAUGGCGAGCUCAAGAAGGAGGUGGAUGAGUCGCUGCUCACGGCCAGACAGAAAGCCCUCCUGCACAAGCAGCAGAGCCAGCCGCUCCUGGAGCUGCCAAUGGGCUACAAGGCGAAGGAGAUGACGGAGGAGAUGCUGGUGAAGCGGGAGGAGCGAGCCCGCAAGCGGCGCCUGCAGGCGGCCAAGAAGGCGGAGGAGAACAAGAACCAGACCAUCGAGCGCCUCACCAAGACCAACAAGGCCAAGGUGAAGACGCUGCGGGAGCGCAAGGCCAAGCAGGCCCCGUGCCCCAUGAUUCGCUACUGCAACGCCGCGGACCGGAUCACCGUGUCCUUCCCGCCCGGGGUCACGCUGCCCCUGCCGCCCUGUGCGCCCCCGCCCGUGCCUGCACCCACCACCUGCGGGGUCAGCGGCUGCCCCAACCGCAAGCGGUACUCCUGCUCGCGCACCGGCGUGCCCCUCUGCAGCUUCGCCUGCUACCAGAAGAACCUGCAGCUGCAGGAGGCGGUCGGCUAGGGGUCCUGGCGCUGACCCUGGCCAGGCGCCACCUCUUCGAGGGCUUGGCUGAAGAUCCCUGCGUCCUUCUGGGGAGGCCCAGGGGGGACGUUCACUCUCCAUCAGCUCAGGACGCAGCUGCUGCCCUUGUGACUGCGAGCUGAGGACCCUGGCGUCCGGGACUCCUACUGGGACUGGCUCAUUCCUUGAGAGCUGAGUCAUGUCUGAGCCCAGAGUCUGCCCCAGGCCGGCCUGGGGGCCCCAGUGCAGCGUACAUGGCUCCAUGCAGCCUGGCCUCCCCAUGUCUCUCCCACCCUCCCAGGUGACUGGGAGGGAUGGGAAACAGCCCACGCUGGGCCUGGGCUUGGCCGCAUGGUGUCUCCAGGCCCUGCCACGAGGAGGCGUAUCCCGCCCUUCGGUGCCUGUCUGCACGGCUGAGCUCUGCUGUGCUUGGGGGAAGGAGGAGCUUCUUCCAGCUGUCAGUGGAAGGACUGGCUGGGCCCCUACACGGCGGAGCUGUUAGCUCUCCUCCGUCCCAGUCUAGGAGAGGUGAAUCAGCCAGCCCCAUUGGCUGGGGCGAAAGUCUCUGCUGGAUGUGCUCAGAGAGCCCCUCCCCCCAGGGCGGGUGUUGUGGGGCCGGGGGAGGCCCUCGGGGAUGUGGGUGGUCCCCCUGCUGCCACUCACGCUCAGUAGCUAUUGAUGUGGGGAGGCAGUUGAGUGGGGUCCAAGCAGAUGGAGGAGGUCAGGGCUGCCUGGGCCUGGCUCGCUGCCUCCUCCUGGCUGAGCUGUGUCACUGCAGCUCUCCAGACCACAGCGUGUGUGCGUGGGAAGGUGGGAUGCUGCAGGCCCCUUCGUGCCCUCCCGCUCUGCUCUCCUUGGGGCCGGGGCUUUGGGCCCAGGAACGCUCGUUACCUGUAACAUUCAUUAAACCCCACAGUACAGAGGGAA